GUCCAUGGACUUCCCGCAGAAGAAGCUUGGCUCCAUGGACGGUGGCAAGACGCCUCCUCUGCUGCUUGCGGUUGCGGCCCAGCUGGCCAAGAAGGCGAUAGCCGCUUCUCCGUUCCCGGAUGCACAGCGGCUGGCCAGCGCUUGGGCGUUCAUCACCGCCUGGUUCUUCCCCGUCUCCAUCGCCUUCGACCUUCUACUCUGCAGCCAGCUGCUGUGGUGCCAUUUUCUGGAGCGCGAGUGGGACCCGCCCAUAGACGGCGCCCUCUGGAUCGGGCUGUGGUGCUGUCCCGCACUCCAUGUCAAGCAUUUUGUGUUAGGAUAG